AAAAACAACACUCAAUGGGACGGAAAAACCACUGGUAAUUGGCCGUCUUUAAAGGGGCUCAAGUAACCAGGUACUUACUGUAUGGUGGAGAUUCAUUCGAGGGAACGCCAAUUGCCAUCCAUCGAUUUGCGCAUCUCUUUACUGGGCAUUAGUCAAAAUAGCCGUGACACGGCUUUUACCUGAUGCGACCAUUGAUCUGUUUCCAACGCAACUAGUGUAGGUAUUUUAGGCAAACGAUUGAAUCGACAGAGGGUAAAGUUGAAGCCACUUGGAACCGGUAAUGAAGGGUCGGAGGCGCUCGUAAUGUAGGCGGACUAACUCUUGGGCGGAUCGACUGGCGGUGGCGCCGGUAGACUCGCUAUCUCGAACCGAGGUCAAAGAUUGGGAGACGGAGCGAGGAAAACUUAUUUGGUGAAUCUGUGGCAAUUACUUUCAGAGCUGCGAAUACGGAUCUGCUCGGAGAAAUAGGAUCAGUUAAAAUCCCGAGGGAAAUCUUGGAAACUGAUUAAAAUGGCAGCAUGGUGAAUUUUGUGAGCAUGAGAGAAAUUUGGACAAUUUGAAGAAGUUGGCAUUGCUGAGGAUAACAGUGGUCCUUUUAUAUAUUGCUAGGCUAAAGCAAUGAGGGUGUUUUAGGCAGAUUUUUCUAAAAUUCUAGCAGUUUGGCAUCAAACUUGUUUUGGUGAAAAAGACACGUGACGAAUUGACUCCUUGCUAUUGCCUUACAAAACCUUUCACAAAAAGAAGAUCUCUUGGAUUUUCAUGGGGACCUCCUCUGGAGCCUCAUUUCAACAGCAACAGCAGCAGCAAAUGCCUCCACCCAGGCAACAAUCUAGGAAUCCUGGGCUACAGACCUCCCUUUCUCUUGCAUCUUCUGAUGUUUGUGGAUCGGCAGAUUUAAGAGGUCCCACUAUUCAUCCAGAUCAUGUCCGUGAAUCCCCUUCAGAGAGCGCAAGCUCACGGGAAACGUGGCCUGCAGAGCAGACAAGGGCAGAGGGGGUUGCAGAGCAUUCUCGAUAUGAAAUGGAAAUCGAGAGAGAGAAAGAAACGGAGGAAGAAAGUGAACGGCCAGAGCAAACAGUGGUUCACAGAGUAGCCAACUCAGAUCGGAUACUCCUUCGAGAUGUAGCUGGAGAAAGGUUAGAUGUGAUUGCAGAGCGUAUGCGUGAGCAGCCAGAAGAGUUUCUAGAAGAUCUCAAAAUUGAGCUUCGAGCAAUUCUUGAAGGUACAGGUGGUGCACAACACAGGGAAGAGUUUGCGCUGUUGCAAAAGCUUGUCCAAAACAGGGCUGAUCUGACACCUGAGACAAUGACUAGGGCACACAAGAUUCAGUUGGAAAUAUUGGUUGCUAUAAAGACAGGGAUUCAGGCUUUUCUACAUCCAGAUAUUAGUGUUACUCAGAUGGUUCUCAUCGAUAUCUUUGCCCAUAAACGAUGCAGAAACAUAGCAUGUCAGAGUCAACUUCCAGCCGAUGAUUGUAAUUGUGAAAUCUGUAGCACUAAGAAUGGUUUCUGCAACCUUUGCAUGUGUGUCAUUUGUAGUAAAUUUGACUUUGAUGUGAAUACUUGUCGAUGGGUGGGAUGUGAUACUUGUUCCCACUGGACUCACACAGAUUGUGCUAUUCGUGAAAGGAAAAUAAGUAUGGGUAUCAGUCCUAAAGGUGGAACUGGAUCUUCUGAAAUGCUUUUCAAGUGCACAGCCUGCAAGAGAACAUCAGAAUUGUUAGGGUGGGUGAAGGACAUAUUUCAGCACUGUGCACAUGACUGGGACAGGGAAGCCCUCAUGAAAGAAUUUGAUUGUGUUCGGAGGAUAUUUCAUGGGAGUGAAGAUGCAAAAGGCAGGAAACUCUUUUGGAAAUCUGAAGAACUUUUGGAAAGUCUAAAGAACGGAGUUGAUGCAGCUACUGUUUGCAAAUUGUUGCAGCUUUUUUUCCAAGAAUUAGAGACAGAGGAUGUUAAAAAUUCUCAGGUUGAAGAGGGAAGAAUGAUUGCACCACAAGAAGCUUGUGGCCGAAUUGUAGAGGUGGUGCAGGAAGCUGUAAGGAAAAUGGAAUCUGUUGCAGAUGAAAAAGCUCGUGUGUUUAAGAAAGCACGAAAUGCCUUGGAGAUGUGUACUAGGGAACUUGAGGAGAAAAGCAGAGAACUUGCAGAAUUGCAAUAUGAGAGGCAAAGGAAGAAACAACAGAUAGAUGAACUGGAGGCUAUUGUCAGACUGAAACAAGCUGAAGCAGAUAUGUUCCAGUUGAAGGCCGAUGAAGCAAGACGAGAAGCUGAAAGGCUGCAACGCAUUGCACUAGCAAAGUCUGAGAAAGCAGAAGAGGAAUAUGCCAGUAGAUACCUUAAAUUACGGCUAAAUGAGGCUGAAGCAGAGAGGCGAUAUCUGUUUGAAAAAAUUCAGCUGCAGGAACAUUCUCGUUUACAGCCCGAUUCUUCCCAGUUGCUUAUGCUGAGCAAGAUACAAGAUCUGCUCAAAACUGUCUAUAAUGUUCCUAAGAUUGACCCUCAGGCACAAAUGGAUCAGUCUGGAUCCAUUCCGUAGGUUUGGAAUGAACUUUGAUAAAAUGUUUGUUUAAAUAAGGACAUCGAUCUAAGAAACAGGAUUUUUCGUGUUUGACUAGGUGGAUUGUAUGUCAGAUAAGCUAUAUGACAUUUUUAGUUGAAAUUAGUUCGUACUGAAGUAAUGACGAGGUACAUGAUAUGAAAUUUAAUCCUUAUAUUGCUUGUUA